UAAAACGCUAGAUGACGCCUCUCUUUCUCCGCUGCACUUGUCUUCUUCCUUCAGUCCUCGUAGGCGUCUCUUCUCCGGCUUCACUCGACGCCCUGUCGCCGGAUCGGCAGCUUCGUGCGGCGUGAGAGUUUUUAAACUUCCAUAUGCCCUUUAAUUAGUAGGAUUCGAGCUCAUUCCCUGAAUUUUGUCGGCUAUCUAAAAGAUACUGAGUUUCGUAUUGGUUUUCCCGUGAGCCGUCUCUGGAUGCGCGCGUGCCGUUUUGUCUGUUUCGAAAAUGUCGCGCCGAUUGAUACUUCGUCCUCGGUUUUCGCAGUGAAUUUUUGUGUUCAGGUCGGAGACAGCCGCCUCGUAAACCCUAGUUUUGUUCGCAGUUCGUGCUAAUGAAGAUGAUUGUUAAAUAAAGAAGGAAUUUUAAAGCGCUUCCUUGGCCUUGAUUCAGUGGUUGUUUCGAUCGAUGGGUGGAGAGCGACCUUGAGAUUUUGACUGGAAAAUUGCAGCCUUGAUUUUGAUUUUUUUUUCUCUGAGAAUCACGGUGUCUGGCCAAAGUUGGAUCCAAGGCGUUUCAUUUGAGAAACAAAUUGGAUAACACAUGUCAGGAGCUCCGAAGUUACUAUCCUCCGAUGCAGCUGAUUCUGAGGCGAGACCUGUCCUAAUGCCUGGCGGGAACCAGGCCAAGUCUCCGGCCGCCGCUGCCCAGAAGCCAGUUUCGAAGCCUUUGAAUAAAACAGAAUGCUUAGAGGUUGCAGGUAGUGAGAAGAAGAAGAAGAAGGCUGCAAGUUCUGCCGCUGAUCUCCCUCUCAUUCGAUCUAGUUUAAUCGCUCUCUCUGCGUUUAGGAGGCAUGAUUUGUUGUCGCAACCAAAUCUGCCGAUGAGUGCUUCUUGCUCCUCUGAUGCUUCCACAGAUUCGUUUUGUAGCCAAUCCUCCAUAGGAAGGAUUGGCAGAACAAGCUUGACAAGACAGAGUAGUCAAAAAACAAUUAAGAUUGUGGCUAAGGCGGAGAAGGAUGUUCCUCCAGCAGAAUUAUUUCAAGGAAAGAGGAAGUGUGCUUGGGUGACGCCCAGUACAGAAUCGUGUUACGCCACUUUCCAUGAUGAAGAAUGGGGAGUUCCUAUUCAUGACGAUAAGAAAUUAUUUGAACUUCUUGUACUAUCAGGUGCACUAGCUGAGCUUACAUGGCCAGUUAUCCUUAACAAAAGGCACAUGUUUAGGGAUGUUUUCUCCAAAUUCGAUCCGGUUGCAGUUUCCAAAUUGAACGAGAAGAAAAUUGUUGCAUCUGGAAGCAUCGGUAGCUCCCUUUUGUCGGAGCCAAAGUUGCGAGCUAUAGUUGAGAAUGCACGAAAGAUGCUCAAGAUAAUAGAUGAGUUUGGAUCAUUCGAUAGAUACUGCUGGAGCUUUGUGAACUACAAGCCUAUCGUCUGUGAAUUCCGAUAUCCACGUCAGGUGCCUGUUAGGACUGCAAAAGCCGAUGUGAUGAGCAAAGACUUGGUUCGACGAGGCUUUCGCAGUGUGGGUCCGACGGUAAUCUACUCCUUCAUGCAGGCUGCUGGAUUGACAAAUGACCACCUCAUCAGUUGCUUUCGUUUCAAGGAGUGCGUAGCGGCUGCAUCCCUUAGUGCAGGGGGCUCACUAGAAGUUAAGGUAACAAACAACCUGAAAGCCAAUGAGAACCUUAUAAUGCAGGAAGGGGUUGAAUUGGAACUGUCAAGGGGGGCAGAGAAGGUAAGCCUUUCCUAGUUCUCUUCAUUUUGAUCAAUUCUCAUACUGCACAUUGAGAUAGGUAAUCCUUCUUAGUUUAAAAUUGUGACUCCAAUUAGCAAUGAGAUCAUGUUGCUUCUUUUUUU